UCCUCCUUCCACUGCAAGCCGAAGCCCACCAAAUUCAAAUCCCCCGCCGGCUCUCUCUCACCCGAUAUAUAUAUAUAUAUAUAUAUAUACGCUCAAUCCUCUUCCUCGUCGUCCGAGACAUAAAUCCCCUUCUUCCUCCACUGCUGAUUUCCGUUCAGUCCGGCUUGCUCGACCAGCCAUGCCCACGAUUGUGCCACCUGCUUCCCAAGGAGAAGGAAGACGAGGACUGGAGGAGUCGGAGCCGCUGCUGGCGGAGAACCCAGACCGCUUCUGCAUGUUUCCUAUCACCUACCCCUCCAUCUGGGAGUUCUACAAGAAGGCGGUGGCCUCCUUCUGGACCGCAGAGGAGGUGGACCUGUCGCCGGACCUCUCCCAGUGGCAGCACCGCCUCUCCGACGACGAGCGCCACUUCGUCUCCCACGUCCUCGCCUUUUUUGCCGCCUCCGACGGCAUCGUCCUCGAGAACCUGGCCGCCCGCUUCAUGCGCGACGUCCAACUCCCCGAGGCCCGCGCCUUCUACGGUUUCCAGAUUGCAAUCGAGAACAUCCACUCCGAGAUGUACUCCCUUCUACUCGAUACGUACAUCAAGGACCCCGACGUGAAGUUUCGCCUCUUCCACGCGAUCGACACCGUCCCUGCGGUCGCCCGGAAGGCCGACUGGGCCCUCCAAUGGAUUGAGUCUUCCGGCUCCUUCGCCGAGCGACUCGUCGCCUUCGCCUGCGUCGAGGGCAUCUUUUUCUCCGGCUCCUUCUGCGCCAUCUUCUGGCUCAAGAAGCGCGGCCUCAUGCCCGGUCUCACCUUCUCCAACGAGCUCAUCUCCCGUGACGAGGGCCUUCACUGCGACUUUGCUUGCCUCCUUUACGGCCUCCUCCGCAACAAGCUCUCCGAGGACAAGGUCCGGGCUAUCGUUGCCGACGCCGUUGACAUCGAGCGGGAGUUCGUCUGCGACGCCCUGCCCGUCGCACUCGUCGGGAUGAAUGGUGUCCUCAUGAGCCAGUACAUCGAGUUUGUCGCCGACCGCCUGCUCGGGGCGCUGGGCUACGGCAAAAUGUACGGGGUCUCCAACCCUUUCGACUGGAUGGAACUCAUCUCGCUGCAGGGGAAGACCAACUUCUUCGAGAAAAGGGUCGGUGAGUACCAGAAGGCCUCCGUGAUGUCGAGCUUGAAUGGGAAUGGAGGCAUCCACGUGUUCAAGCUGGAUGAGGAUUUCUAAUUGUGGCCGUGGAGUUCCUUCGCUUUGUGAUUUGUUAGUUAAUUUUCUUUUGGAUUUCAGCUAUUUAUUUCGAUCUUAGUGUCUGCGAUUGUUCAUCAUCUGUAUAAAGAAUGAUUCGUGGGGAACGGCUCGUUCCAUGGAUAGAUAGUGUAAUUUCAAUGUUCCCUCUCGAGCGCGAUAUGCUUGAGGAAAUGCCUAGUAGGACGCUUUGAUGGUUA